CAAUCUCAAGGUCUCUUAUUGUCACUCUGGUGUAUCAUUCAAAUCUACCGACUAACUAUCGUCUUCGGGUUUGUUUUCUAAUAAACUCGUCUACAUUACAAUUUUACCAUCAUUUCUCUGAGUUGAAAAUGAGUGAUGGCGAUUUCAUUCCUGAAUAUAAACCAACCGAUAUCGCCAUUAAGUUAUCUAAUGAAUUUCAUCACACUUUUGGUACAGAAUGCAGUUUUGUAGUUCGAGCUCCUGGUCGAGUAAAUCUUAUUGGUGAACAUAUUGAUUAUAAUGGUUAUCCUGUACUACCGAUGGCGUUAGAACAAGCAGUUUAUAUGUCUGUAGGUCCAACAUCUGGAUCUGAUUUGGAUAGGAUCGUUCUUAGAAGCACAGAUACUCAAUACAGGCCUAUUAAAAUUCCGAUUACAGAAGCCAUAACAUUUGGUUGUGAAGGAUCGCCUGACUCGCCUGAGUGGUUUCAUUAUUUUCAGUGCGCGUAUCGAGGAAUAAAAGACUAUGUAGACAAGUUGGAUUUGGAUUGGACUCCUCCUAGUCUAAAUGUACUAGUUGGUGAUGUUGAAUAUGGUGGUUUAUGGCCAGCUGCUGGUCUUUCAAGCAGUAGCGCUUUCGUAGUUGCUUCUGCCAUAGCAAUUAUGCGAAUAUCUGGUUUACAAAUAAGUAGACAUGAAUUAGCAAGUUUAUGUGCGAAAUGUGAGCAAUAUAUUGGUAUGCAAGGUGGUGGAAUGGAUCAAGCUGCAAGUGUUCUAGCAGUUGAAAAUAAUGCUUUAAUGAUUGAAUUUACCAAACCAUUUGUCACAGUCAGUCCUAUUCAAUUACCGUCUGAUAUGGUUUUUGUGAUAGCUCAUUCGGGUGUACACGCUCGCAAAGCUGCUACAUCAUAUUAUAACGAACGUGUGGCAGAAUGUCGAUUAGCUGCUAAAAUAUUAGUUCGAAAUAGCCCGCAUAUAACUGAACCUUCUAAUUAUUCAUCCAUUACACCCUUAUGUCUCAGUGAUGCACAAAAGUUGUGGAAAGCAGAUUCACCUGAUGAAAUGAUACGCAUUCAAAAGGAUGGAUUAUCAAUUGUAACUAGAUAUCUACCAACUGGUAUUACUAGUCGAGAAAAUCUCUGUAAUUUAGGCUUGACUAGUCCAAUUAUUGAAGGGUGCUUAACAGAAAAUACUAAAACAAUGAACCACUUUUAUUUAAGAGAUCGUGCAGAACAUGUAUACUCUGAGGCUGAACGGGUUUUUAAAUUUUACAAUAUAUGCAAAAAGAUAUUUAGUAAUAGUGAUUCACAAACGAAUUCAAAUAAUUAUAUGCAGUUGUUAGGAGAUUUAAUGAAUCAAAGUCAAUUAUCUUGUGCCAAUCUUUAUCAGUGUUCUUGUCGUGAAUUGGAUAAAUUAAUAAGCGUUUGCAGAUCAGCUGGUGCUUUCGGUAGUCGUCUAACUGGAGCAGGUUGGGGUGGUUGCACCGUAUCACUAGUGAAAAAAUCUUAUGCGGAACAAUUCAUUGCAAAAGUACGCGAAGAAUUCUAUAAUGUGAUUGGUGCUGGCAGUAACAACGACUUGAUAUUCGUUAGUCAACCGGGUCGUCCAGCUGGAAUAAUGGUUAUUCAAUGAAUGAAGAGAUUCCUUUUGAUCACGCUUCAUUAUUUUAAAAAACUUUUCAUGUACUUUUGUGAUUGAUUUAUUUUGUUAAUUAUAUUUGCUGUGAUUUGAAAUUUUCUUUAAAAAUUAUUUGAUUUGUGUCCACUUAGAUUAUACAAUAAAAUGUUUGUUCUUUUAUCUGAGAAGAGAUUGUUCAACUUACUCUGGUUGGGUGUAUAUGUAAUUUCAUGGAUCACUGUUUGGUCUGUUCAGCGCGAGAAGCAUUUCCCUAUUGAGCUAAUUUCCAUAAAACAAUCAAUCAAAAUAUCGUUUAAUCUAUAUGGUCAGAAUGCUAAAAAUUGAUAGUUGGACUAUUUGUGCAAUACACCCACUGUUUAUCACAUUAAAGCACAUUUAUUGACUGAAUCGAAGGUAUCAUUCAGGAGUGAUUCUUCUUUUUCUUUCCUGAAUUUUUUUUAAUGAACUAAGAUUAUUUUCACUUGUUCUCGAAGCCUGUUUGUAUCCUACUGUUGUUAUGUAAGAUUUGUAUAGGACAAUUUCUCUACAUGACUCGAAAAUCGUAUGUCGCAUUAACUGUGUAUUUUAUUAGACAAGCGUUCAAUCAGACUCAUAAAUUUUUAAGUUACAGUAAGUAGGUAAUAAAAAAUAUAACAGCCGUACUAUAGAUUUAACACCAUGUACUGAAUCAAUAGUUCAGGUAGAACAUCGUAAAUGUUUUAAGUAUUUUUCUGCAAUAAUAUGUGCCAGUGGACGUUCCAUAGCCAGAUGACAUUGUCAUUAAAACUGAGUACACAUAAGAGACAGUCACACUUAUAUUGUAUAAUCAUUAAUACGACAAUUCUUGUCGAUCUCGAGAAUUAUGAUUUUAUCAGUAAUCGUUAUUGAGUAAUACCAGG